AAAAGCAGACGAAGAAGAAGUAGUGAGACAACUACAUCAAAGGAGACUGCCAAGUUGCGGAAGUGCGCGCUCUGUCUGCAGAGAAUGACACCUUGAAAUGCAUUAGGACCUUGAAGAAACUGGCUUAUUACUUAAUUAUGAGCGCAGCCGGUAUCGACCAAUAACAUGAGUUGGAGUAGGGGAUGUGCUAAUGAAAAAAUAUCUGUUCCACUGAACUGACGCUGUUUCGAUUUCAGUAGUUACCAGCGUUGUCCUGAGCGAGACCAAUCGGUAUUUCCAUGCGUCUGGAUUGGUCGGCUGGCAAAUUUCUCGAGUUAUGGGCGCAUUACAGUCAUUAUCUGAUGAACCAGAAUAUAGAGAAUUGGCAGAGAAGACGGGCUUUUCCUUCGAGCAGAUUGGAAUCCUGCACAAAAGAUUCAAGCAGUUGAGCCACAAUGAAGACAUGCUGAGGAGAGCUGACCUCGACACAAUUCCAGACCUGGCAUGCAAUCCAAUCCGCACCCAAAUUAUAGAGGCCUUCUUUGACAAAAGAAACUUCCAUCAGAAUGGUGACGGGACGGUCGAGGAGAUCAGCUUUGAGGAGUUCCUUGUGGUGAUGUCCCACUUCAGACCUCCAGCACUGAACAUGACAGAGGAACAGAGAGAGAAGGUCAGGAGGGAGAAACUCCGCUUCCUGUUUAACAUGCACGACACAGACAACGAUGGAACAAUCACUCUGGAGGAGUAUCGACAUGUAGUGGAGGAGCUGCUGUCUCGGAGUGGAGCCCUGGGAAAGGAAACGGCAAAAGGAAUAGCAGAUGCUGCCAUGCUGGAGGUAGCCAGUAUUUCCAUGGGUCACAUGGAACCAGAUGAGUUUUACGAGGGGAUCACUUUUGAACAUUUUCUAAAGAUACUGAAAGAUAUUGAGAUCGAGACGAAAAUGAACAUUCGCUUUUUGAAUAUGGACACGACGACCCUGUGCAAGUGAGGAUCUUCCACUUGAUUUUAUUACUAUGAUGCACAAGCACUCUUCUAUGGUCUUUUUAUUUAGUGGCCAGUUAGGGCAUACUUUACCUUCUCAGACCAACUAUUACAAAGCUCUGUUUAAUAGUUUUGGGUGACGGUUUGAGCUUCUACUAUUUAUUAGCCUCUAACACACACUUUAUGUUUUUACAAAUUUAUUGGCUAAAAAAAUAUUUAUGUGCAACUAUGCAAAUAUACACAGAUUAGCAGUAGGUAUGUUAUGAAUUUAGCAUGCCUGUAUCUAUCAUAUUUUAUGCAAGAGUAUUCACAAUGCUCUAAAUGCCAUGAAUCAAUAAUAAAUUCAAUAAUAAUGCAA